AUGGCUGAGAAACGAGAACAGGUAACACCCUCAGGGGAUGACGAAGAAGAGGUUAUUCCUCCCUCACCUCACGGCUCCGGAGUGAGACUUGAAAGCAAACAGGAUGACAAAGAGAAUCAGUGUGAAGACGAGGAAGACGACUCUGAGGAUCAGCAGGAUGACAAAGRGAAUCAGUGUGAAGACGAGGAAGACGACUCUGAGGAUCAGCAGGAUGACAAAGRGAAUCAGUGUGAAGACGAGGAAGACGACUCUGAASAUCAGCAGGAUGACAAAGAGAAUCAAUGUGAAGUCAAGGAAGACGACUAUGAGGAUCAGCUUGAAGGCCAAAAAGAAAACAUCAAAGAAAAAAAGACCACAACUCACAACAAAGGACAUGAAGAUAAAUAA